CAGCGACUGGGCUCUGCCGGGCCUCACAAGCCCCCCAGAAUGGAGCUGGCUCUUCCUCACAUCCCAGGAAGACCCCCUUUUCUGACUGACCCCGCUUAGCGAGCAAACGCCAGCUCCGUGACGUCACAGCCCUGCCCAUCUCAGCUUGAUGUCAUCUAGGGCUCCCUUUCCCCGCUUUACUUUGUGUUUCCUUAGUGCCCUAUUCACCUGGUCCUCUGCUGAGUGAGCGCAGCGCUACAUGGAACUUACCAAGCUAGAAGACUUGCUGCGGGGAAACUCCUAGACUUUUCGCAAACUCUAGGGUGCUUGGAAGCGUCAUAAUCACCGCCCCCAAGUCUAAUCUGCCUUCCCGCUGCACUGUCAGUUGCUGCCAUUUAGCGAUCGUAACUCCAGUCCUAGGCAGGGCUUUGGUCCCUAUAUCCUCCUUCAUCUUGAGUCAGGGCUCCCCCUCACCCUUUGGUUCACUGAAAUACAGGUUUUUCAGUCCAUCCUUUCAGGUUUUCUGAAUCAGUUCUAUUUCUUACUCCUCUUACUGGCGACUUCUCCCUUUGACAGAACCCAGCAGUGAUGUGGAGGUGGAGACCCACAGGAGCCCCGGACUUCACCUGAGCUACCUCAGCAGUCACCAAGAGUGGCAAGAGAAGGAGGAAGGCCCUGAGUUGGAGGGGGCCAGAAUGCCUGACCGGGACAGCUAUGCCAAUGGUACCGGCAGCAGCGGUGGAGGCCCUGGAGGUGGUAGCAGUGAGGAGGCCACUGGAGCAGCAGCAGGCACUGGUGGGGCCAGCUCAGAUGCCAUCUGUAGAGACUUCCUGAGGAAUGUGUGCAAGAGAGGAAAGCGUUGUCGAUAUCGCCACCCAGACAUGAGUGAGGUAUCCAACUUGGGGGUAAGCAAAAAUGAAUUCAUCUUCUGCCAUGACUUCCAGAACAAAGAGUGUAGCCGCCCAAACUGCCGUUUCAUUCAUGGUUCCAAGGAGGAUGAGGAUGGCUAUAAGAAGACAGGAGAGCUUCCACCUCGGCUGAGGCAGAAAGUAGCUGCUGGCCUGGGGCUUUCACCGGCUGACCUACCAAAUGGCAAGGAGGAGGUUCCUAUCUGCCGUGACUUUCUCAAGGGUGACUGUCAGAGAGGAGCCAAGUGCAAGUUCCGUCACCUGCAAAGGGAUUUUGAGUUUGAUGCUCGGGGUGGGGGAGGUACCGGUGGUGGAGGCUCAACAGGCUCAGUGCCCCCAGGACGACGCCAUGAUCUCUAUGAUAUCUAUGACCUACCUGACAGGGGCUUUGAGGACCAUGAGCCAGGGCCCAAGCGCCGGAGAGGUGGAUGCUGCCCUCCUGAUGGCCCCCAUUUUGAAUCAUAUGAAUAUAGUUUGGCUCCACCCCGAGGAGUAGAAUGCAGACUGCUAGAGGAGGAGAAUGCUAUGCUCAGGAAGCGUGUAGAAGAGCUAAAGAAGCAGGUCAGCAACCUGUUGGCUACUAAUGAGGUACUUCUGGAACAAAAUGCCCAGUUCCGCAAUCAGGCCAAGGUCAUGACCCUGAGUUCUACUGCACCAGCAACUGAGCAAACUCUGGCCCCCACUGUGGGCACUGUUGCCACUUUUAAUCAUGGCAUUGCCCAGACUCACACUACUCUCAGCAGCCAGGCUCUACAGCCUCGACCUGUGUCCCAGCAAGAACUGGUGGCCCCCACUGGAGCUCCAGCUGCUCCCCCAACUAAUGCUGCACCUCCUGCUGCUCCACCACCCCCACCCCCACAUUUGAACCCAGAGAUCACACCACUGUCAGCUGCUCUGGCUCAAACAAUCGCCCAGGGAAUGGCACCACCACCUGUCUCCAUGGCUCCUGUGGCUGUAUCUGUGGCUCCUGUAGCUCCUGUGGCUGUAUCGAUGGCCCAACCCUUGGCAGGAAUCACAAUGAGCCACACUACCACUCCCAUGGUGACUUACCCCAUUGCUUCACAGAGCAUGCGCAUCACAGCCAUGCCACAUUGAUGGGGCUAAUGGAUACUCCCCUGGUAUAGCCUCUCAGGGCUGGGUUUGAGGGGUCCUUACCUACCCCCCUAGCCCUCCCAGGCCCUAUCUGAAGGGCUCACUCAAGGACUAGGACAAGAGACUAUAAGGAGUAUGCUUCUGAGGAGCAUUUCCUGAGGUGGGGUUGGGUUGGUGUGUUCUGUCACCACCCUUUUAAAGGGGGUCUUCUUGUCCUUUAUUCAGGCCUCAAUCAAGUCGGGGCUUUCAUAGGAAUGCAGACUGAAACCAAUGAGAGGAAGGACUGACUAAGGGGAUAUGUCCUCUUACGGAAGUUGGGGACAUCCUUGAUUUUGUCCUCUUGUGAACAGCACAGGUCCUAGCACUGGUUUUGGAAGAAAAAAAAUCCCUCCACAGGGAGAGCCAGGAAAGAAUUGGGAAGUGGGUGGCCAGGAGAGAAGGCCUCAUAGGAGACUAUUUGGGGCCCGGUUGGGUUAGAUAAUACAGGAACUACUGCUGGGCCCCUGAAAAGAUCGGGACCAUAGUAUUCCAGCUCAAAGACUAGGGGAGCCUUCACAUAACCUAGCUUGGCCUGGAAAUCUGUAGGGCAGGGCCCACUACUUUCCAAAGAAAUAAAAGAGCAAUUAUUUUUAACAAAUGGAGGCAGUGAAAACUUGCUUAGAAAUUCUCUGGAAGAAGGGAGCAUAAAAUAGGUCUCAUGCCAAAAUGGGGUAAGGACCCCACCCUUACAAAGCUUGGGUAAGUUGGAUGAAAAUCAGCAAAGGGUAGGUAUGUAGAACAAGACCAAAUGGGGCUUUGAGGAAAGCACUUUGUGGGGAAAAGCAUUGGAGCCACCUAGUCUAGUUUAAAAAUAGUCGCAUCUGUUUCUGAUCUCUGUCUGCAUGUGCUGCUCCCAGGUUGCCUUAGUAACCAGGGCUCCUAGGGUCAUUUAGGGGGGCAAGUUCUAAGGAGGGUGUAUGUGCUGAGAAAUGGGGAUGAGAGGUUAUGUAGUUGACAAAUCCUUCCCUUAUUCAAAGAGCAAGGCAGGUGGCAGUUGCCUCUCUUAGUUGUUGAUGGCAUUUACUGUCCCUUCUACCCCAGCCCUUUCUCAGUGGCCAGUCUCUUAAGCCUUCAAGGCUUGGGAGGUGCUGGGAAAAGGGAGUUCUUCUGGGGACACAAGCCUCAGGGUUUAUCCCUUUCUUCUGUCUGCAUAAAGGACCAGAGGUUUAAAAUCCACUUAAGGGUCAUUAAGUCCAGAGGCCCAGUAGCCAAACUUCAGUCCCUCCUUAGCUCAUGGCUGAUGUAGGGGAAACAACUCAGGUAUCUGUUCUAAAAUUGGGGGUAGAGUAAGUGGUCCUGGAUGUGCUUCCUUAAUUGUAUCUCCUGCUACCUUUUGCUCUGGUGUGGUUAAUCACUCAGAUUAUACACCUGGGGUUGGAGAUGGUGGGCUAGAUCAAGGCUGGUCACUUAAAAAAAUGAAAUCGGGAGCAGUGGCACACGCGUGUAGUCCCAGCUACUAGGGAGGCUAAGGUAGGAGGGUCACUUGAGCCCAGGAGUUGGGAGACUAGCCUAGACAACAUAGUGAGACCCUGUCUCAAAGAUGGGGGGUGGCCUAAAGACAAAAAACGUGGGCAAGUAUUGUUUAUGAAUUUUAGAAACAACACUUGAUAAGUUUAAUGUUCAUCUUCUGGCACAAUUCUGGAUUAUUAAAAAAGAUGGUUUAUGAAUAUUUAGAGAGGAAUAUGAUUAUAGAUACCAACAUGAAUUCUCAAGUCAGGUCCCAACCUUAUUUCCUUCUUGUCAAGUAUCUCCAAAGAAGUGAAUUUGGGAAACUGUGGACAUUGUAUGUCUUGCAUUAAUGCACUCCAGCUAAAGGUCACCAGGAAUAUACAUGUAGUACACCAAAUACAGUUCAAUGCUUAUUGCAGUGAAGGAGAGAUUGAUUAUACCACUAGGAAUCAUGGUGUGUCUCAGCAAAGAGGGUAUUAGAAAGGUCUCAGAGGACUUGGACUUUGGUGAAGACAUUUUGGGAAAGGUUCAAGGAAGUGUGGGUAUCCUCUGGAGUGGGUGCUGCCAAAGGAAGCAGGGGUCAUUCUAUGAUUAUUAUCUUAAUUAGAAAGAGGGCAGACUAGAAUGAAGCUAAGGCUGCAUUUGGGAGUUGGGGAUGUUUCUAUUUUGUGUUUUGCACAUUGAUCGUUUUGUGCUUAAAAGAUAUUGUGAAAUGA